AUGGGUCGUGUCGUUGGAUUGGGAAUGGAGAUCUUAAACCAAUCUAACUAUCGGUUAUGGAAGUCAUGUAUGGAGUCAUACUUGGUUAGUGAGGACUUAUGGGAUGUCGUCGGCGGUAGCAGCACAACACCACCAAGGGGAGAUGCUGCAACAGCGGAAGCGACAAAGGAGUGGACACGGAAGAAUGCCAAGGCGGAGUUUGCUUUGAAGAGGUCAAUAUCUUCAGGACUAUUUGAGCAUGUCUCAAGAUGUACAUCCGCAAGUGCUAUUUGGCAGGCACUAGAUCAAUUGUUCAACAAGAAGAACGAGGCUCGUCUACAACUGUUAGAGAACGAGUUGGCAAAUGCAAAGCAGGGGUGGUCUUCAAUCUCAGAGUUUUUCAUCAAGGUAAAAAAUCUUUGCUCUGAGAUUAAUACUCUCAAUCCGGAGGAGUCGAUUUCGGAAGCACGGUUGAAGCGGUCUAUUAUUCGUGGUCUACGACCCGAAUAUACACCGUUUGUUACUUCAGUUCAAGGAUGGGCUACACAACCUUCCUUGGAGGAGUUUGAAAAUCUACUAGUUUCGCAAGAAUCACUAGCCAUGCAAAUGGCGGGAGUUAAAGUCCAUGAUGACUCGGGGAGUGCUUUUGUAGCGGGGAGACAACAAAGCUUCAGAGCCAAACCCAAAUAUGGUAAUGUGAAGAAUAAUGAUGGACGAGAAGGAUCUUCUACGGGAGACAAGAAGCGAUUCAAGUGUUAUUGGUGUGGAAAACUUAGGCAUUUCAAAAAGGAUUGUCGAGUUAAGCUGAAGGAAACAAAUAUGGCGGAAUCAAAGGGUCAUACUGAAGACAAAGAAUGGGGAAAAUGUUUCACAGUGGAGGCUGCAUCUUCAGGUACAUCCACAGCAAAAAAUCUUGGGAAUGAUUGGAUUGUGGAUUCUGGUUGUAGCCAUCAUAUUACCGGAGACGAGAAGUUAUUUUCUAGUCUUCAGCGUCAUGACGGGAAAGAAGCCAUUAUUACUGCGGAUAAUUCAAUCCACCGCGUUGAGAAGGAAGGGACAGUCAUCAUUGAAGGAGAUGAUGGAAGCCCAAUCACUCUCAAGAACGUAUAUCAUGUUCCUGGAGUAAGGAAGAAUCUUCUCUCUGUGGUGAAUGCGGUUGACUCAGGUAACUACGUUUUAUUUGGCCUAAGAGACGUUAAAUUCUUAAAGAAUAUUAAAGAAUUAAAAGCCGACGUGGUUCACACCGGAGCACGGGUUAAGGAUUUAUAUGUUUUAUCGGCCUCAAAUUCUUAUGUUGAGUUUAUAUGUUUUAUCGGCCUCAAAUUCUUAUGUUGA